UCAGCAGGCCGCUCGCGGCUGAGUCCCAUAAAGGCGCCAGUCGCCUGCUGCUGACAGCCGCCAUCCGGGCGAGAGCUGGCGGCCACCGGAGGAGGACCCGGAGCGACGGCCCCGCACUGCUUCACCUAGUGCACACCGACAGGGCGAUCGAUCGGACAAGGUCCCUUUCCUAGGAGGAUCUGAAAGGAGUCUGCAGCCUCAGUUCUAACAUCGGACUUGGCAUCCCUGAAUUUGUAGACUUUCCUGCUAAGACCUCAAUUUGUAUUUUUGAAGAACAGAAAGAAAUUCUGUGAAGUGUGGAAAUAAUUUAAGCCAUCUAAGACUAAAACAUACAUAAUGAAACAAUGUAUACUAUUUGUAUAAAAAAGGACAUGUACUUGUAGACAGCAUUAAAAUACCAGGAUCUGAAGUGGUUGAGAAUGUCUCUGCCAAGUCGACAGACAGCCAUUGUCAACCCCCCUCCACCGGAGUACAUCAACGCCAAGAAGAACGGGCGCGUGACGAACCAGCUGCAGUUCCUACAGAAGGUCGUCCUGAAGGCCCUGUGGAAACACAGCUUCUCAUGGCCUUUCCAGCAGCCCGUGGACGCCGUGAAGCUGAAGUUGCCAGACUAUUAUACCAUCAUAAAAACCCCAAUGGAUUUAAAUACAAUUAAGAAGCGGUUGGAAAAUAAGUAUUAUGUGAAGGCUUCCGAAUGCAUAGAAGACUUCAAUACAAUGUUUUCAAAUUGUUAUUUAUACAACAAGCCUGGCGAUGACAUUGUUCUUAUGGCCCAAGCUCUAGAGAAGUUAUUUAUGCAGAAAUUAUCUCAGAUGCCACAAGUAGAGCAAGCUGUGGGUGGUAAGGAAAGAAUAAAGAAAGAUCCUCAGCAAAAGACACCAGUUUCCUCUGCUAAGGAUCCAAUCCCUUUCAAAGUGGCAGAAAAUGUAUUUAAGUGGCAAGAGAUUCCUUCUGGAUUUCCUGACAUCUCCCUCUCUCCCUUAAACAUGGUGCACGAAGCUCCCCCCACCUCUGACUCACAGACUGUGGUCCAAGUCACAAAGGGUGUGAAGAGGAGAGCAGACACAACAACCCCUACCGCAUCCAUAGUUAAAGCAAGUAGCAAGUCUUCCCCGACCCUUGGAGAAGCAAAGCCAGGGACUGUGCCAGUAAAGGAGAACAUACUGAAGAAUGUUUUUCCAGACUCUCAGCAACAACACAGAGUUUUAAAAACGGUCAAAGUAACUGAGCAAUUAAAGUACUGCAGUGAGAUUCUUAAAGAAAUGCUUGCCAAGAAACAUUUGCCAUAUGCAUGGCCCUUCUAUAAUCCUGUGGAUGCUGAUGCUUUGGGACUCCACAACUACUAUGACAUUGUCAAAAAUCCCAUGGAUCUCGGAACUAUCAAGGGGAAAAUGGACAACCAAGAAUAUAAGGAUGCAUAUGAAUUUGCUGCAGAUGUCAGAUUAAUGUUUAUGAAUUGCUACAAAUACAAUCCUCCAGAUCAUGAAGUCGUGGCAAUGGCUAGAAUGCUUCAGGAUGUUUUUGAAAUGCAUUUUGCCAAGAUUCCUGACGAACCUGUUGAGUAUAUGCAUGCAUAUCACCUUCCAACAAACAGUGCAAAAGCCCUCAGUAGAGAAAGCAGCAGCGAGGCCUCCUCGGGAGACUGCUCUUCUGAAGAUUCUGAGGAUGAACGAGUGCAGCAUCUCGCCAAGCUUCAGGAGCAGCUUAAUGCCGUUCAUCAGCAGCUACAAGUUCUGUCCCAAGUUCCCUUACGUAAGCUAAAGAGAAAGAAUGAGAAGUCUAAAAGGGCACUAAAAAGAAAAAAGGUUAACAACAGAGAUGAAAAUCCAAAGAAAAAGCCCAAGCAAAUGAAACAAAAGGAAAAGCCCAAGAGCAAUCAACCAAAAAAGAAGAAGCCACUUUUGAAAUCUGAAGAUGAAGACAACGCGAAGCCCAUGAACUAUGAUGAGAAAAGGCAGCUGAGUCUGGACAUAAACAAACUUCCUGGGGAGAAGCUUGGACGCAUAGUUCAUAUAAUACAGUCAAGGGAGCCUUCCCUGAGAAACUCCAACCCAGACGAGAUCGAAAUCGACUUUGAGACUCUGAAGGCGUCAACACUCAGAGAGCUGGAGAAGUACGUCCUCGCCUGCCUGCGGAAGCGGUCGCUGAAGCCCCACGCGAAGAAGGUGGUCAGGUCCAAAGAAGAGCUCCAUUCCCAGAAGAAGCUGGAGCUGGAGCGGCGGUUGCUGGACGUCAACAAUCAGCUGAAUUGUAGGAAACGGCAAACAAAACGUCCAGCAAAAGCGGAGAAGCCGCAGCCGCCGCCGCCCCCGCCGCCGCGGCCCCCGGAGCUGGUGAGCGGGUCCCGCCUGAGCGACAGCAGCAGUAGCAGUAGCAGCAGCAGCAGCAGCUCGGGGUCCGCGAGCAGCAGCAGCGACUCGAGCUCCUCCGACAGCAGCGAUUCGGAACCAGAAACAUUUCCUAAAUUUACUGGCGUAAAACAGAAUGAUUUGCCUCCAAAAGAGAAUAUAAAGCAGAUACAAUCUUCUGUGCAAGACAUAGCCUCUGCUGAACCUCCCCUUGCUCAGUGGACUACAGGACCAUGUGGAGCAUCAGGGAAGCAAUCCCAGCAGGUGCAUGGCUACCAUGGGUCAGAACAUCUGCAGAUCAUGGAGAACAUUGCAUCUGUGCAGACUUGGCCUCUUUCAGGGUGUGUGCUUCUAGAUGAUUCCAAACAAGUCUCGAAUGGCCCUACUGUGGUGCAUACCUCUGCUGAGAAUCUCACAAUGUUAGAGCCGGACUGUCAUGUUCCUGUGCAGAAGGAUAUAAAGAUUAAGAACGCAGACUCUUGGAAAAGUUUAGGCAAGCCAGUGAAGUCAUCAAGUGUACUGAAGUCUUCAGACGAGCUUUUCAACCAGUUUAGAAAAGCUGCGAUAGAGAAGGAGGUCAAAGCGCGGACACAGGAGCAGAUGCGGAGGCACCUGGAGCAGAGCUCAAAGGAGCCGAAAGUGUCUCAGGAGACUCAGAGGAACUGGAAACCCACUUGGAGCCCUCCUGUUUAUUUAAGGGAGCUUGGAAAUGGAUUGACUCUAGAAUCUUUAUCAAAUAAAACGGAAAGCAAGUGUCAUGGAGAAGAGCAGGGUGAACAGCAGCCCUCAGACACUCAAGACAAAAGCAAACUCUGGCUUCCCAAAGACCGGAAUUUAGCAAGGGAGAAGGAGCAAGAACGGAGGAGAAGAGAGGCAAUGGCGGGUACCAUUGAUAUGACUCUUCAAAGCGACAUUAUGACAAUGUUUGAAAAUAACUUUGAUUAAAACUCAGUUUUAAAUUAACUGUCAACUUUAAAUGAAUGAUACAAAUGUUUACAAUGCAUGUGGUAAAGUGAUUGAUUACUUUCAACCACCAAGAUACCGAUCAUAUAUUGUGUUUUGACUGCCCUAAAAUUAAAUAUUUUGCACUUACAUUUUUAAUAAAUAUGUUCAUUUUAAUGACAUAA